CGUUGUUAUUGUUUGUCGGUUCAAACUCGUUGCACAACCCGUUGUUCCUGACCGCCUGGAGGACGAUUUUCCGUGAUCAUCAUGCUACGGCCCGGUGGUUGGCGUAGACUGGUAAAAGGCAUCAAUCUGAGCAAUCAUCGCCGGUUAUCGACGUACGAUGUGGUUGUCGUUGGUGGUGGACACGCGGGCACGGAAGCGUGCAGUGCGGCCGCUCGCAUGGGUGCCCGUACACUGCUGGUAACACACAAGCGCUCCACGAUCGGGGAAAUGUCCUGCAACCCUUCGUUCGGUGGCAUCGGAAAGGGUCAUCUGCUGCGUGAGGUGGACGCACUCGAUGGCGUGUGUGGCCGGUGCUGUGAUCGCAGCGGUGUACAGUACAAGGUGCUAAAUCGCCGGAAAGGACCGGCCGUAUGGGGUCCACGGGCACAGAUCGAUCGCGUGCUGUACAAACGAGAAGUGCAACAAGAGCUCGCUCGAACACCCAACUUGACCAUCAUCGAGGCUUCGGUAGAAGAUAUCGAUCACGUGCACGACGAUCACGGUGCGGUACUCACGGGAGUGAAGCUCGCGAACGGUCAAACCGUGACCACCACCAGUCUAGUCAUCACCACUGGUACCUUCUUAAGGGGUCAGAUCAACAUUGGACUCGACACGCGUCCCGCAGGUCGCAUAGGGGAUGAACCGGCCAUCGGAUUGGCGAAAAGUAUCGAACAACUGGGCUUUCGGCUGGGGAGACUCAAAACCGGAACACCACCACGAAUACAUCGGGAUUCGAUACGGUUCGAGGUGUUGGCCCGCAAUCCCGGUGAUGAUCCUCCCGUACCGUUCUCGUUCCUGAACGAUCGUGUAUGGCUCGAUGCCGACCAGCAGCUGGAUUGCUUUCUGACGCAAACGACCCCCGCAGUGAACGAGAUCGUGAAGCGUAAUCUGCACUGCAAUCGGCACGUUACGGAGGAGCUCACCGGUCCGCGGUACUGUCCUUCGAUUGAAUCGAAGGUGCUACGCUUCGGCCACAAACUGCACCAGAUAUGGCUCGAACCGGAGGGUUUCGAUAGUGACCUUAUCUAUCCCAACGGUCUCUCCUGUACGUUGCCCGAGGAAGAACAGGUACAGCUGGUACGUUGCUUGUUUGGGCUCGAGAAGGCCGAAGUCGUACGACCUGGCUAUGGGGUCGAGUAUGAUUUCGUGGAUCCACGCGAGCUCUAUCCGACACUGGAAACCAAGCGCGUCCGGGGAUUGUUUCUCGCCGGACAGAUUAACGGUACGACGGGCUAUGAGGAGGCAGCCGCUCAGGGACUGCUGGCUGGAGCUAAUGCUGCGGCAAAGGCCCUCUCGAAACCACCGCUUACAAUCAGUCGAACCGAAGCUUAUCUGGGUGUGCUGGUCGAUGAUCUAACGACACUCGGAACGAACGAACCGUACCGUAUGUUCACGAGUCGUGCUGAGUUUCGGUUGAGCCUCCGGCCCGAUAAUGCCGAUCUGCGGCUAACGGAGAAGGGCUACGCGAUCGGCCUCGUCUCUGAGGAACGCUACCGACGAACCAUUUCCAUCCGCGACCGGAUAGCAAAGGCCAUGGAGGUACUGCGAGAGGUACGCAAGGGCAGCAAUCAGUGGAAGGCGGCCAUGGGUUUACCGGCCGCGAAAGCGAGCAUCUUCAAAAGUGCCUUCGAAAUGUUGGCCAUUUCCACUGAUGACAUCACGACGGAGCGGCUUUGUGCGACCGAACCCGAUACGUUUGGCUGGAUACGCGACGAUCCGGAACUGUGCCGCCGGUUGAAAAUCGAAGCACUGUACGCGCUGUCCAUUGCGGAUCAGUCGCGCGAGGUAGACGAGGUGCAGCGUAAUGAAGCUCUUCGCAUUCCCGAUACCAUUGACUAUCUUGCAAAAUCACUUAAUCUGUCCUUUGAAGAGCAAGAGAAACUAAUCCAAAUUCAACCACAAACCAUUGCCGCUGCAAGCCGUAUUCAGGGCGUUACGCCUUCUUCCAUCGUUCGGUUGGUGAAGUACGUGAAACAACACGAAAUGAGCGUAGCACAGUAGGCCGAUUCAAUCGAGUUAAUUGUGAGAGUGGUACAACCCGG